AAUGUUCCAUUCCACCAAGACACUUGGCAUUGUUGUUCGGGGAAAGAUCAUUUAGCAGGCGUAUACUGCUGUCAAAAAAAAAAGAGCAAGCUCUUCGCUCUGAACGCUCAAAUAAAAAAAAAGAGGAGCGGUGGAAUGGAGGAGGGGUCGAGCACGCUGGCCGAGGCGCAGCCUUUGAAGGCGGUUAGCUCGACAGAGUCGAGUGAGGAUGCGCUACAGAAGUUUCAGCUGGUCAGCAGGAAACGGAAGAGAACGAUUGGGGAGGGUGGCAAGGUAUCGAACAAUGGCAUGCGCGCUCAAGUGGAUGUGAGCAGCACGAAAAAGUAUCAUCUGGAUGCUUCCAAGGACGAGUCUCUUCGCCCUAGACGCGAGGAGAGGUUGUUGAAGCAUGUUUCAGAGGUGGGUCGUGCGAGUCGAAGCAGGUUAGGGGGGGAGCUGGAACAGGACCAAGUAGGGGCAAAGAGCAGACAUCCAUCGCUAGUGGAGGUCCGAGUUAAACAGGAGAGGGCGAAUUUGCCGGGGGGCGUUGAGGAGGAGUUGGAGGCGAGCGAGAGAGACCGAGACGGACAGGAAGGGUGCGGAACAGCAGCAGGGUGCCGAGGGAGCGAAGGGGACGAGGGCGUGGAGUUUGAAGUUGAAUUUGUUGUCGGCAAAAGAGGGGGUUGGGUGAGGCAGCAAAGGAGUUUUGGAGGAGGGAGAACGCGGAAGGCGAGGAGAGGGGGGGUUGGAAGAGGAGCGAGGAGGCGCCGGAGGAGAAGUGGGGGAGGUCGCGGAAGGAGUCGUCUAAGGGAGGGUGACGAGGAGGAGGGUGAGGUGGGUCAGGACGACGCAUGCAGAAAGAGGCGAGCGACGAGGAGCGUGUCAAGGAAGGACUGGCAGUUGUCCGUGGCGGCAUCCGUUCCGGAGGAGGAGGCGAGGGUUGAGCAGGAGGAGAAGUUUUGGUCGUUUGGGCGUCCUCAAGAAGAAGAGGAGGAAGUGAGGGAGGUGAAGUUGGAAGAGGGUGAUGAAGAAGUGGGGAGGGGCUUGGGUGCGGACGGCGAAAGGGUGGAGGUGCAGAAGCAGGGCGCAGCCUUGGACGCGUCGGGAGAGAGAGCGGCGAAUGGUGGCGCGACAGGGAAGGUGGAUUUGGAUUGGCGCGGUGAGUCUCAUACAAGACAGUGUGAUUUUAGGAAAUCUGGAAUUCGUGCUACGUUGGACGAGUGGGCGUCUGGAGCGCAGUCUGACAGGUUGGUGGGGAAGUCGAGUGACGUGGGUGACCGAGGGGUUAAUGUGAAGUUUGGGGACCACGGGUGCAGGGAUGCGGGUGUGGCGUCGUCGAAGGACGUGAGGAUAGUCGUGAUUGGUGCGGGGAUAUCGGGGUUGAGCGCGGCUCAGUACUUGAAGCAGCAGGGGUUCAUCAACUUGACGGUUUUGGAGUCGAGGUUGAGGAUUGGAGGGAGGAUUCACACGAUUUACAUGGAUCACAUUCCGAUGGAUUUGGGCGCGUCCAGCAUACAGGGGAUAGACGAAAACCCGGUGGCGAACUUGGCGUGUCAGUUGGGGUUGAGAGUUUACCGCGCUCGGUCGGAGACGACGAGGCUGUAUUACAAGGGGGGGAAGAAGGUGCCGAGGUGGUUGAAGGAGCAGGUGGACGAGGUUUUCGAUGCGUGUUUGGAGACGUGUGUGUUGAGUCGUACGUCGAUCGUGGACGGUUUGGAGCAGUUGAUGGGUGGCAAGGUGGAAGACAGCGUGGAGAGCGGGUCUUCGGUGGAUUUGGACGUGCUGGACGAGUCGGAGGAGCAGGAGUUGUUGAAGGACGUUUUGGGUUGGAAGUUGUCGAUGUUGGAGGAGCAAUACGGCGCGGUGGCGGAGAAGUUGGAUUUGCUGGCGUGCGAGACGGGCGAGCGACACGCGUAUGGCGGGAUAGACUGUUUGGUGAUAGACGGGUUUGCGGAGAUAGCGAGGAAUUUGGCGCUUGGUUUGGACAUUCGGCUGGGUUGCCGCGUGAUAGACGUCAACUACAAGUCGGAUCCUCAGAAGAUCGAUUCGGUGUUGAUCAAGUACAAGGAUCCGCAUGGGAUUUUGAGGUUGAUGGGAGCCGACGCGGUGCUCGUGACGUUGCCGUUGGGGGUUUUGAAGUCGAACCAAGUAGGCUUCCGCCCGAUGCUGCCGAAGGAGAAGAGGUUGGCGAUUUCUCGUUUGGGGGUGGGCGUGUUGAACAAGGUGUAUUUGCUGUUUGAGAGGGUGUUUUGGAACGUGGACCAGGACUUUUUCAGCGCGCUGGGUAUGGGAGAAGCGCUCGCGAAGUACAGUUUGUUCAUAAGUCUCGCGAAGGCGACGGGGAAGCCCCUUUUGGUGGUCCACGUGUCGGGGAAGGCGGCGAUACAGAUGGAGGAGCAGACGGAGCUCGAGAUUACGCAGGAGGUGACGGGGAUUUUGAAGAGUUUGUUUUUGUCCGAGGGGGAGGAGAUGCCCCGCCUUCUUGGGAUGGCGUGUUCGAGGUGGAACAAGGACCCGCACACGAUGGGGUCGCACAGUUACGUGAUGCACGAGUCGCAAAUAGAGGAUUACAAUACGUUGGCGGAGCCGAUUGGGACGCACGUAUUCUUCGCUGGAGAGCACACGCACGCGAGGCACUUUUCCUCGGUGCACGGGGCGUACGAGAGCGGGAUUCGAGAGGCGAAGAGGAUAAUGAAGUUGGUGUGCGGGUUGGACGAGGAGCCGCCCUACGAGGUGAUUAGGAGUGGGUUGGAGCAGGAUCCGGCUACGGAGAUGAUAGUGGAUCUGCCGUGGAGGCCGUCUAGUUACGGGUCGCUCGUGUCGAUGAAGAGGGAGGUGGAGAUAAUGGAGACGGAGGUGAAGUUGUAGCGGGGGAGGCUCGAUUGAGAGGGCCUGGCAGUGUGGAUUUGAUGCUCACAAAAAACGGCGUUUUGAA